CCAGGGACCCUAGGAACCAGGCCCACCAAGGCAGGGGAUGUUUUAGGAUUGUGUCUCAGGAUGGAGUGUGUCUAGGGAAGGCGUUGUCACGGUAACAGCUCUGGUCACUUCUAGCCCCACCUCUCUGGACACAUUCAUAAGAAAGGGAUGGUUAUAGGUCGCUGUGGUAAGUGACAUGCUUCCCACCCACUCCUGAGACACUCCAGGCGGUGCCUGAGCUUAUGGAACUUCAAGAAAAAGGAUUCUCUGACCUUCUCGCUGCCACUUCUGUAGGUAAGAUGAAGCCGUACUCUCUUGUGCAAAAUUGGCUGAUUUGGGGUUUUCUGGUCCUUGUUCCCUCAGCGGUGCAUUUGAGCUGGUCUGGAACCGCCCACCGGGAGCUCCCACCGCAGCCUAGGAGGAUGCCCUGGAGGCCCAGCUAGGGCCGGACUUUGGCCCCAUGCGGCUCACCCGCUGCCAGGCUGUCCUGGCAGCCGCCAUCACGCUCAACCUCCUGGUCCUCUUCUAUGUCUCGUGGCUACAGCACCAGCCCAGGAACUCCCGGGCCCGGGGUCCCCGCCGUGGAGCUGCCGCCGGCCCCCGCGUCACCGUCCUGGUGCGCGAGUUCGAGGCCUUCGACAACGCGGUGCCAGAGCUGGUGGACUCCUUCCUGCAACAGGACGCAGCCCAGCCGGUGGUGGUGGCCGCCGACACGCUCCCCUACCCACCCCUGGCCCUGCCCCGGGUUCCCAACGUUCGUCUGGCGCUACUCCAGCCCGCCCUGGACCGGCCCGCCGCCGCCUCGCGCCCCGAGACCUAUGUAGCCACCGAGUUCGUGGCCCUGGUGCCCGACGGGGCUAGGGCCGAGGUACCGGGCCAGCUGGAGCACAUGGUGGAGGUGCUCCGGGCCGGAGGCGCACGCCUGGUGGCCGCCCCCGUCGCCUCCGCCAACCCCGCCCGCUGCCUGGCCCUGAACGUCAGCCUGCGCGAGUGGACCGCCCGCUACGGCCCCGCCCCGUCCGCGCCCCGCUGCGACGCCCUGGACGGAGACGCCGUGGUGCUCCUGCGCGCCCGCGACCUCUUCAACCUGUCGGCGCCCCUGGCCCGGCCGGUGGGCACCGGCCUCUUCCUGCAGACGGCGCUCCGCGGCUGGGCCGUGCGGCUGCUGGACCUGCCGUUCGGCGCGGCGCGCCUGCCCCCGCUGGCCACGGCCCACGCGCGCUGGAAGGCGGAGCGCGAGGGGCGCGCGCGGCGGGCGGCGCUGCUGCGCGCGCUGGGCAUCCGCCUGGUCAGCGGGGAGGGCGGGCGGCUCGAGUGGUUCGGCUGCGGCAAGGAGACGCCGCGCUGCUUCGGGACGGUGGUGGGCGACACGCCGGCCUACCUGUACGAGCAGCGCUGGACGCCGCCGUGCUGCCUGCGCGCGCUGCGCGAGACCGCCCGCUACGUGGUGGGCGUGCUGGAGGCGGCGGGCGUGCGCUACUGGCUGGAGGGCGGCUCGCUGCUGGGGGCCGCCCGCCACGGGGACAUCAUCCCGUGGGACUACGACGUGGACCUGGGCAUCUACCUGGAGGACGUGGGCAACUGCGAGCAGCUGCGCGGCGCCGAGGCGGGCUCGGUGGUGGACGAGCGCGGCUUCGUGUGGGAGAAGGCCGUAGAGGGCGACUUCUUCCGCGUGCAGUACAGCGAGAGCAACCAUCUGCACGUGGACCUGUGGCCUUUCUACCCCCGCAACGGGGUCAUGACCAAGGACACGUGGCUGGACCACCGGCAGGAUGUCGAGUUCCCCGAACACUUCCUGCAGCCUCUCGUGCCCCUGCCCUUCGCUGGCUUCGUGGCGCAGGCGCCUAACAACUACCGUCGCUUCCUGGAGCUCAAGUUCGGCCCCGGGGUCAUCGAGAACCCCGAGUACCCCAACCCGUCACUCCUGAGUUUGGCGGGAAGCGGCUGAGGCUCCAGCGGCCGCUCCUGGGGUCGGGAGAAGAACGCUCAGGCGCGGGGAGCUGGCCUUUGCUUUGGCGCCGCUGGCGUUUGGUGGGCGGGCCGGGGAUACCCAGCUGCCCUGCAGGGCCCGGCACAGGCCCGGACGUCGAGGACCUACGCUGCCCAAGAUUUCCGAGAGCGUGGGCUUUAUUCAGAGCACGGACAGUUUUUGUAAAGAGGAAAGCGUGUGGGUUCUGGGCUGGACUGCCGCGACCAAAACCCCAGCUCUACCACUUGCGACUUAGGUGGGCCCGGGCGACUGUCCCAGCUUCUCUGUGCCUCAGUUUCUUCCGGGAUUCAAUGAGCGCCCUCUGUCCAGCUCACAGUCCGUGGGGCACUUGGUUGCUGGGGCUGCUUCCGCCACCAGAGGGCGCCGUUGUCCUGCUGUGGGGCCAAGGCGCCGGUAAGCCUGUCCCCUCCGUGGUUCUGUAGCUUUCCUGACUCUUGAGUCUUAGGCCUCUCUAAUCCCCUGUGUCUUGCAGGACCGGAGAACUAUCGCCCUUCGAGAGCCCCGGGAGGUGCAUGCUGCUCUUGACCUCCUCUUCCAGAGGAGGGAACAGGCUCAGAGCCCUGAGCUGCAGCUAUGGUUAAGAACCGGGUCCUGGAUGCCGGCCCCACUCCAUGCUAACGGUGUUACCUCAUGAUUUCAGCUCUCUGCACCUGUUAGCCCACGGCAAGGCCGGAUUAACAGUCGUCAUAACUGACGUUACCCAGCACAUACCGUGUGCCAGGCAUCCUUCUCAGUAUUUCACACAGAUUCACUGAUUUAUGUCUCACCCCCAGGUCCUGAGGUGAGAGCUGCUAUUAUUUCCAUUUUACAGGGGAGCAAACUGAGGCUAGAAUGGUAAAGCCAUUUGCCCAAGGUCAGACAGCUUGGGAAGUGACCGAGCAGGGACUUGAACCCAGGCAGUCAGUCUGGAGCCCACACAGAAGUUGGAUACUAUGCCCCUCUCUGUGGUACCGCUCUGCCUCUCCGAAACGCUGCUUUGCACCUAAGAAAUGGAGGUGACUGGGUGCUGGGUGGCACUUGAGUGGUAAAGGGGUCAGGAAUCAAGACUGGGGUUGGCUCCUGGCUUGGCCACUGAUUUUCCUGGUCAUCUUAGGCAAGUCACGGCCUCCCUGAACCUACAGGUCGGGUGUGGGGGAUCGGUGUCAUUGCAGACACAUGAAGCCCUUGGAGGAGGAGACCUCACAGGCCAGCAAGAGGGAAGACGAAUGCGAAUUUGUCCCAGUCUCCUGAGACUCAGAUGUCCAAAGCCUGACUUCUUAGAACACAGCCUCUGUUUUUAGCCACUGAACCCGCAAAUGGCCCCGAGACUGUUGGGUUUCCGUGGAGCGUUUGGGAAACAUACGGGGAUGAUUUGGGGUGAUCACGGGGUGCUCCUGGCUCUCCAGAGCCACGGCCCAGGGAUGGAGACGUCCCAUAAUAUGCAGGGCGUCUCCACCUAAUAAAACAUUGUCUCUUGUCACAUGCGGUUUUGAAAUGCGCCACAGGGCAUUCGUGAAGGAUGUGUGAUGUCUAAAACCUUUUGUAACAGGCACAGUAAUAUAAAUUAAUAUAUAAGUUAAUGUAUGCAUCCGUCUAUUUAAAUAUUUCUUUUUGAUUCUCUAAAGAAUGGAAACGAUCCCUCUCUAUAUACAUAUUUCUUUAAGUUGUUUGCCAGGAACAUAAGCUGAAGCUCACAUCGUUCUUAAUCGUUGCAAUGAUUUUGUUUUAUUUAGAAACUUAUUUAGAAAUUGUUGGUGUGAUUUCUUGACACAGCUAUAUAUAUAUAUAUAUAUAUUCGUAUAUAUUUAUGAAUAUAUAUAUCGCUUAUUUAUUUAUUAUAUAAAAUAUAUAUAAAAUGACCCUGCCUUAGCUGUGAUUUGAUAAGGGAACCCCAUCAAGUGCUUCUGGCAACUUCCCACCGAACUCAGUUUCAUCAGGUGACUUGGGGUCUCAAUAGAUCAUUUCUCUUGGCAUUAUCCACGGCGUUUUGGUGUUUUCUCCUCUCCUCACUGUUCUUGAACUGUCAGCAAUUACACUAAAAUCUUUUGUAGCCUCUCUAAUACUGUGUGACAGCUUUGUGCAUUAGCUAUCUUUAUUAUCGAUUAAGUAAUAAUAUGGCAGAAAACCCUACCGCAGCAAUUAGCUUGAAUUAAUGAGUUUAUAUGAGGAUGUGUAUUACUGGGUUUAGUGCUCUCGCUUUUAGCUAGAACAGAGACGUUUCGGUAUUGUAAAAACCAGCACUUUCAUACCAAUGUCUACUAACCAAAUUUUAGCCUCACUCAGAAAACCCUGGGUAAGAAUCAUCGGAGCCCAGGGUGGUCCAGCUGCCUCAGCCAGAAGAGCAUGCGACUCUUGAUCUCUGGAUCGUGAGUUCAAGCCCCACCUUGGGUGCAGGGAUUACUUAAAUAAAAAGUAAAUAAAGUUUAGAAAUCAAAAGGGGCGGCUGGGUGGCUCAGUCGGUUAAGCAUCCAGCUUAGGCUCAGGUCAUGAUCUCGCGGUCUGUGAGUUCGAGCCCCGCGUCGGGCUCCGUGCUGACAGCUCAGAGCCUGGAGCCUGUUUCGGAUUCUGUGUCUCCCUCUCUCUCUGCCCGUACCCCACUCCCACUCUUGUCUCUCUCUCUCAAAAAUAAGCAUUAAAAUUUAAUUAAAAAAAAUUAUCUGAGCCCAGAACCGAACUCUCUAUUCAUGCAAACACAAAGUCCUUUGUGUAAGGUUUUAAUAGGUCCUAAAUGAGGCAAGUUUGUAUGGUGUUUUGUUCAAAACCCGGCCAAGGAUUGUCAACAAUUUCUGAAAAUCAUGUUCUACGUGGCUCUUGAUAAUCAAACACCAAUAGCAUGGAGCUGCCUACAUUACGCAUGUAAAGAAAUAUCUAGCUACCUCCUUGGGUUCUCGGUUCUGCCCCACAGAUUUUCGUAUUAAAAUUCCUGUUAUAAAUUACCGUUUUAUUUCUUUUUUGUUACAUUUAGGGCAAUAGAGAGAUGGGGGGGGGGAGGUUGUGUGGGGUUUUUUUUUAAGUUUAUUUUGAGAGUGCAAGCACAAGUGGGGGGAGGCAGAGAGGGAGAGAGAGAAUCCCGAGCAGACUCUGUGCUGACCAAGGUGGGGCUCGAACCCAUGAACUGUGAGAUCAGGACCUGAGCCGAAAAUCAAGAGUCAGAGGCUUAACCGACUGAGCCACCCAGGCGCCCCUAAGAGAUUGUUUUUAAAAUCAUGCGCAGGGGGGCGCCUGGGGGGCUCCAUCAAAAGAGCAUGUGACGCUCUCAGGGUCAUGAGAUUGAGCCCCACACUGGGUAUAGAGGUAACUAAAAUAAGUAAACUUAAAUAAAGUCAUGUGCAGAUGAGUUACAUUAUCUAUUUCAUUUCAUUCCAUUUCAGCAGAGCCAAGAGGGUUUUCCCAGAGCUGAUAGUCAAGCCAUCACAUGCGCUGGUGUGGCCAUCAGGGUGGUUCAAACAUGAAAAUAUCAGAUUAUAGAUUCAACCUGUUG